AUGCUUCGCUUUGACGAAGAAGUUCUGGACUCUUGGGGUCCAGCAGUCUGGGGAGUUAUCUUCGACCGAUUACAAAGUGGAAACGUCAAAGGUACUGUGCUUCAGGUUGCCUGGCCAAGCAACGUCGACAAGAAAACACCAGCGCAACAGAUCCAAUGGGCCACCAAGUUGCCUCUUCCCCAGCUCCCUCAGCAGGCACUCGAGUUUAUAUAUGAGAGAAUGGUUGGUUUCUCACUGGGGAUUCGAUAUAUGGAAGAAAAGAAGAUCCACGCUAUUCAUGGACUCUUAGAAGGUAAUGGACCUCUCAAAUCGAGUGUCGAAAGAUGGCUCAAGCGCCCUGGCACCAUUGAAAAGUGGAGGGAUCUGAUAAAGUCCUACCCCAGUUUUGAAGAGGCAAUGGCCCAUUUGUCGGAUUGCAAUACGUUCCCAAGAGAAACGGACAACCAUCCAUUCAAGACCAACCCUGCAUACGAUGCUGCAAUGCAAUGCUCUUCCUGCUUAGAGUUCCUGGUUCGUUUCGAGAUUGUCAAACCCAGUGGAUAUGACUUAUCAGGAAGAAAUUGGCUUGAGGCAGGAUUGAGUGGUCCCAAUAUGGACUUGCUCACCUUCAUGGUCAGUAAUGCCGAUCCUCAGCAUCUGAUCAAACCCAGAGAUAUCAGAGAACCCCGCGAGAACCACAUCCUACUCUCACUCGUCGGUGUCGGCGCUUUUUCUCAAUGCGUGAUUGCUCUGAACAGGCUACGCAAGGCAAACCUUGUGCCGGUUGAGGAACUCCGUACAAUCCUCCACGACGCAGCGAUGCAUGAGUUUUGCGCUGUCGUACCUGUCGCCGUGGCAGAAACACUCUACCAACACGGAAUCAACAUCGGUAACGUCGAGCAUCAGUAUCACGAACUCGGCGGACAGUUAGAAUCCUCCUGGCACAUCGCAGCAGCCUUCAACCCCGCCGGAGCUGAGUUCAUGGCCUGGCUCGAUAAAUUCUCCAUGCUAAACGCAGAGGUCCGGAACUCAGAAAACAUGAACCCGCUGAUGUAUGCCGCCUGCUUCGACGAGCCAGCCGCAAUCGAUUGGCUGUGCAAGAAAUGCGAUCCCCUACAACCCAGAUUAGAUGGAGGUCCACAGGGGUACGCCUUGAUCUGCGCAGCUCGAAGCUCAUACAUCCACAGCGGCGAGAUAUUCGCCAUCAUCCUCGCAAACCUACCGAAUUCACUAUUCACCAACGAAUACGGUAAGAUCUUCGGCACCGAGAUCGCCGAAGCAGUCGCAUCGCACAGACGCAAGCUCGCCGAUGGCCGAAUCACUGAGCCCACACAGUCAGUGGUGGACCUUCUCGCAGUGCGCAAGAUGCAAGCCCUCGUCCGACGCUUGCCUAAUAGCUGGCCCGGCAGCGAAUGGCACCUAGCGUUGGAUGCUUUCCUGCGCGAUAACGAUCUGAGUAUGCUCAAAUACAGUAUCGGUACGGGGACACGGCUGCUUCGGAGCAACACAUCGCGGGAAAACUCGCGCCGCGGCUCUGUAGCCUAUUCCAGGAACCCUCAGUCACGCAGGGCCUCUGAACACGAUGUGCUGCUGAUGUAUGAUCCCGGCGACGGGCCGUAUCCUCGCGCGGAUACUAUCAGGAGGAAUAGGCCCGCUCAUAUCACUGCUCGCAGUGGUGGGAGACAGACUCUGGGUCCUAUCAGGGAUCCUACCAAUAUGGUAACUAAGAAUGUGCGCAAGGCACCGAAUCGCCGAAGCUGA